GAACACGUCAGCACCUUCACUCUCUGAAAUAGGACAAGUUUCCUCAUAAAGUCAGUGUGUCAAGAUGAUCGUGUUCUGCGUUACACUGCUUCUCCUUCAUCAAGGAAAUGCUCUGGUUCCAGUGACCACAGUUCAACUUGGUGAACCUGUGACCUUCACAUGUGUUCUGCCUUUCGAUGGGUUUUCCAGUGAACGUCUUUACUGGUACAAGCAGAGUGUCGGAGAUGAUCUGAAAUUAAUUGUGGCACUGAUGAAACAUACUAAACCUGUGUUCGGACCAGAGUUUCCUGAAUCUAGAUUGUAUCCGAAGGUUGAGCAGAAUAUUGGUAAACUGACCAUUUUGAGAACAACUGAAGAAGACGAUGGAAUGUAUCACUGUGCAGUCAUAGACUGGAAUAAGAAUCUUUGGAGUGGAACCUAUUUGUCAUUAAAAGGAAACAGUCAGAGGACAUGGAACUACACUGUUGUUCAGCAGCCGACAGCCUCUGAUCCAGUCCGUCCAGGAGACUUGAAGACUCUCCAGUGUUCAGUCCUCUCUGACUCUGAGACUAAAACAUGUCCAGGAGAUCACAGUGUGUUCUGGUUCAGAGUCGGAUCAGAUAAAUCUCAUCUGAACAUCCUCUACACUGAUGGAAACAGACGUGAUGAAUGUGAAGACAGAUCUGACACUCAGAAAAGCUGCGUUCAUCACUUCUCUAAGAAGGUCAGCUCCUCUGAUGCUGGAACUUACUACUGUGCUGUGGCCACAUGUGGAGAGAUUCUGUUUGGAAAUGGACCUAAAGUGCACAGUGAAGCACCCAGUAUGGCUGAUGCCCUUAUUUAUCUGCUGUGUGCUGUCUUGGCUAUAAGUCUGGUUGUUAUAACCUUCCUCAUUUACGCCAUGAAGAAAAAAGAGUCUGGUUGUUCCAACGCUACUGUUGCCGGGCAGAAAAUCAUUUGGGGUCAAAAAAGUCAACAGACAGAUGUGGACAUGAGACUUUAUUCUGCGGCUGUUUUCACCGUGAUGAAAACUGACAGAGGUGUGAUGAAGCAUGCAGAAGCAGCAGAGACAGAGAGGAUCUACUCUGCUGUCAAGACCUUUGGGUUGGAUCAAAUCACUGAAAUCCAGCCGUGUGAGAGCGUCGCUCUGCUGCUGACUUUCAGCAGCCCUCUGAAGAGAAGUGAAGCGAGUGUAGAGGAUGGACGCUGUGCUCUUCCUGCCUAUAAAUGUGUCUACAGCUUCCCUAAGAACGUCAGCUCCUCUGAUGCCGGGACUUAUUACUGCACUGUGGCCACAUGUGGAGAGAUUCUGUUUGGAAAUGGAACAAAACUGGACAUUGGAGGGACAGCUUCUAGAUGUCCACAAGACCAUGCACAGAGUCCAAACAAAGCUGGGAGGGUGGAGGAGGGGGCCAUGAAGGCUGAGACCCUCAGGAGACCGGGGACAUUGGCUGGGACUCACUUGAAGCAGGUGGAGGGAGCUGUCAGAGAGACACUGGAAGUGGUUGGCCUGGGAGCCGACAGAGGAUCGCUGGCAGCAUUCGGCCUGGGAGCCGAUGGAGAGACAGUGGAAGCGGUCGGCCUGGGAGCUGACAGAGGCUCACUGACCGUGGUCAGCCUGGGAGCCAAUGGAGGAUCACUGGAAGCUGUCAGCCUGGGAGCUGAUGGAGGAUCACUGGUCGUGGUCGGCCUGGGAGCCAACGGAGGAUCACAGGAAGCUGUCAGCCUGGGAGCUGAUGGAGGAUCAUUGGCCAUGGUCGGCCUGGGACCCAAUGGAGAAACAUUGGAAGUGACUGAGGAUCACAAACACUGGUCGGCCUGGGAGCCGUCAGAGAGACACUGGAAGCAGUCGGCCUGGGAGCCGAAGGAGGAUCGCUGGCAUCAUUCGGCCUGGGAGCCGAUGGAGAGACACUGGAAGCAGUCGGCCUGGGAGCCGAAUGAGGAUCACUGGCCGUGGUCGGCCUGGGAGCCGACGGAGGAUCACUGGCUGUGGUCGGCCUGGAAGCAGUUGGAGGAUCACUGGCUGUGGUCGGCCUGGGACCCAAUGGAGAAACAUUGGAAGCAGUUGGCCUGGGAGCUGACAGAGGAUCACUGGCAGUGGUCGGCCUGGGAGCUGAUGGAGAGACACUGUAUGCGGUUAGAUUGGGAGCCGACUGAGGAUCACUGGCCGUGGUCAGCCUGGGAGCCGACGGAGGAUCACUGGCUGUGGUCGGCCUGGAAGCAGAUGGAGGAUCACUGGCUGUGGUCGGCCUGGGACCCAGUGGAGAAACAUUGGAAGUGGUUGGCCUGGGAGCCGACGGAGAGACACUGGAAGCAAUUGGCCUGGGAGCUGACAGAGGAUCACUGGCAGUGGUCGGCCUGGGAGCCAACGGAGAGACACUGUAUGCGGUUAGAUUGGGUGCUAACAGAGAAACUCUGGAAGCCUGGGAGUAGACUGAAGAUCACAAACACUGAUCGGCCUGGGAGCUGUCAGAGAGACACUGGAAGCAGUCGGCCUGGGAGCCGAAGGAGGAUCGCUGGCAGCAUUCGGCCUGGGAGCCGAUGGAGAGACACUGGAAGUGGUCAGCCUGGGAGCCGACUGAGGAUCACUGGCCGUGGUCGGCCUGGAAGCAGAUGGAGGAUCAUUUGCAGCGGUCUGCCUGGGAGCCGAUGGAGAGACACUGGAAGCGGUCGACCUGGAAAGCGCCAGCUCAAGGGAAUCAACAACAAAAUGCUGAUCGUGUUUUGUUCACUGCUGAUGCUCAGAGUCGGACGAUGCACAGACGAUCUGAACUUUGAGAUGAAGACUGUUGAAGUUGGACAUAAUGUGACUCUGACUUGCGCCCGUCAGAAGUCUUUGCUUUCAACAUUUAAUUUGUUUUGGAUCCGGCUGGUUUCUGGAAACAUGCCUGAGUUGUUGGGAGGAACACACAGCUUUGAUUUUGAUGAUGUGGACAAAACUUCUCGUAUUACAGCGAAACAAGGCAAUGGAACAUUUCUUCUGCAUAUUAGUGAAGCACAGUUAAGUGAUACUGGACUUUACUACUGUGUAACAGUGAAGAACCUCCACAUGACAUUUGUGGAAGGAACAUUUCUAAGAAUUCAAGGACCAGAACCUGAUGUCACCGCUGUCAUUCAACUCCCUCCAUCUGAUCCGGUCCGUCCAGGAGACUCAGUGUCUCUGCAGUGUUCAGUCCUCUCUGACUCCCAGAACAAACCGUGUCCAGGAAAUCACAGUGUGUUCUGGUUCAGAGCCGGAUCAGAUGAAUCUCAUCCCAGUUUCAUUUACUCUCAUGGAAACAGUGGUGCUGAAUGUGAGACGAGUCUCGAGGCUCGAUCUCCACAGAAAUGUGUCUACAGCUUCUCUAAGAACGUCAGCUCCUCUGAUGCCGGGACUUAUUACUGCGCUGUGGCCACAUGUGGAGAGAUUCUGUUUGGAAAUGGAACAAAACUGAAAGGACUCAACAUGUGGGAUUUGCAGAUGGCCACUAUAGUUGUGUUUCUGCUCCGUGCUGCUCUGGUGAUAAGUCUGAUUGUGAUUUCCUACCUGAGUUACACCAUGAAGAAGAAAUCUUGUGGUUGUUGCAACGAUGCUGUCGUGGAAACAAAUGCCAGUGAUGGUCAGCAAAGUCAGCAGAGAGAUGAAGAGUCGUUGACUUAUUCUGCACCGACAUUCACCAAGAGGAAACCUCGCAAAGCAGACAGAAAGACAGUAAAACCAGCAGAGGCAGAGACGACCUACUCUGACAUCAGGACUUUUGUUAGAGAUUAACAAUCUCAGCUAUGGAUUUGCUUAUUCAACACAGUAUAAUUUGGAAAAAAGGUACAGCUGCACAACAAUUUCACACCUGAUAUCGGUAACAAGAUUUUAUUUGGAUGACCUGAAAAUUCUCUCAUUGUGUCUGUCAACUUCUCUUGUAUGUCUCAGUGCAGCGUAAAAAUAAUGUUUUUACAGUUGAACGAAAUCGAUGUUUUCUGUUUAUGCUUUAUGUGUUUCUGAACAACUUUUUUAACAACAGU